GAAACACCGCCACUUGCGUCCGAGACGCUCGUGAGCCGUACAGGCUUCCGUACUUUCGCGAAUCUAUUGUGCGUUGGCCUAUAGAGUUCAGUGGUCAAGAAUGAUUUUCGCGCGAAACUAUUGUGCGUUGGCCCAUACGCCAUAAACUUUCGCGAAGUUAUUGUGGUUAUACCUUAAUGGUGUUCGAAACCAAAACAUCCGCUCAUGAAAAUAUUUUUAUUUAUGUUUUGGUUGUAGCUGUCAUUUUUAUAUAGGUUAUGUCAACAAACCGUUUUUAUUGAAAAGAAAAAAACUUAACAAUUGUUUGUAUAUAAGAUAUUACUUAUACUACACAAGAAAAUGAAUUUUUGCACUAGGUAUGAUAGUAAAGAGUUUGUGAUAUAUUUUAUAGAUUGCAGGUGUGGAUAUUGAAUGAUUUCUUAAUAUGACUACAGUUAUUAAAGAUUGUUUGUUUGUUUUGUUUAAAUGGCCUCUUGUAUUCAUUUAUUAAAGAUGUAUUUUUUAAAAUUCAAUGAAAAUAACAGCUUUACAAAUGUACAUUGUGAGAGAUUAAAGUAAGAAUUCUUCAGGUGAAAAUUUGAGUACCUUCUAUAAGACUUGAAAAAUGGUUAAAACACUCAUUGUAUCAUUUGUCAUGAUAUACAACAUUUACAACUUUGCUGAACAGCUUAGAGAUGGUUUAUAGUUAUUCUUCUUGUCUCCUCAGAAUUUUAAGGAUUUUGCAGCAAUGGCUACUAGACUGAGCAGCAAAUUACAAAUUUUGUGGGAAUUUUUUAUUCACGCCGAACCACGAAGUAACGAGAAAUCAUCUUGGUUGCAUGUUUUCCUUGCUGAACUACUGAUUGAAGUAAAAAACGGAAUAGAUAUUCAAGACUUAAUUUCCUAUUUUUCUAUUGGAGUAAAUGGAGUUUCUACGCUGAUUGCUUGCGAAUUACUGUCAGACGUGCACUCAAUAUGUACUUCUGGAGGAAACGAGAAUGAAUUAUUAGUUCUACGAAAAUAUCUCGUUCAUAACCGUGGCUGGAAAUGUCUUACAGUUCUCAACUUGCUUGGCAUUCGAGGCAUAUCAUGCGGUCAAGAAUUGAUGGCUUUGCUUCUUGCACUGUAUCCAGUUACUUUUCAAAACACAACUGAUUUUAUUUCACCUAAUCCUUAUGUAAAGUUUCGUUGCAAUAAUGAGAUUGAUUCAAUUAAUUUUUUUUGUCACGUUAUAAAAAAGAAUACCAAAAUUAAGCAUAUUUUGAACAGUAAUCUUUCCAGAAGAAAGCGAAUGAAAAAGUACGAUAGUAGCACUGUAAAACAAAAUCAAAUAAGAAAGCGCCUCUACGUUACAAGAGAUACUCAUAAAGCGGUCAUCAGUGAGUCAGAAGAAUUGUCUGAUGGCAACAGGCAGAAAAAAUCGUUAGCCCUGAAUUUUCAACUCAAAACAAUGGAUUAUAGUAACUUAACGUGUAUUUUUUUUAGCGAAAGUAAUCGAGAAUGCAAAUUAAAUUAUACUCAUGAUAUUGUUUCAUUUCGAACAUCUAGGAAUGAAACUUUUCAAGAUUUUAUGAAUGAACAAGUGAAAGCUGUUUUUGAUUCCAGAGUCAGCCAUUUUGAUACAAGUCUUUUGAUUCUUCAGCUUCUUGAAGACUUACGGGACUAUGAAUUUCCCACUGAAAAUACUUCUUUAAAACAAAUACUUGAAUUUGCUUUGGAUAUCCUUUGGGGUCUUCAAUUUAAGACUGAUGCGAAUUUGACAAAUUUAGAGUGUGGCAGAUUAAAAGCUGCAACGUCAAGACUUAUAUUAACGUUUUUACAAAGAAUUUUAAAAAGUCAAGUCCUUAUGACUGCUAUGAUUAACAGUGGAUUAUUGCCUAUGACUUUAAGGAUUCUAGAAGACACUUGCAGAAAUUCAUUUUCAGAUGCAACACCUGAAGAAAGGUCGUAUUUACGAGAAUUUAUUUUCGCAUUAGUUUAUGGGGUUAUAUCUUUUUUACAUGAUAAGCUACAUCAGGCAAAUUUAACGAAAAACUUUACAGACUUUAUAGAGUUAUUUCAAUUAUUUACGGAUACUCUAAAUGGAAAGUUAAUAGAAAAGACAAUAAUGUUGCUGCUGGAUUGCGAUCGACCUGCAUCUGAAAUUAGAGCUGGAAAAAUAAUAGAUAUGAUUGGAGUAUUAAUAAAUGCUUUAAAGAAAGUUAGACAAGAGUUAUAUUAUGUUGAUAAAGAAAGUCAAAAGCCUGAAAAUGCUAACGCUCAUCAUCAUUAUAGUGACAUAUUUGGAUCUCCAUUUCGGAAUGAAUCUAUUGAUAACUCAAUACAAUCUCAGGUAUGUUUCAUUUCUUUCCUUUCGAAGACUUUAAUCUCUCUUCUGGCUGAAGCUCAUACAUUUGAAAAAAACUUUCAAAUUAAACUCUUGAGAGUAAUGACAAAUUCUGGAAUUUGUUGCUGUUUUCCACCAGUUACAUUUAUUUACAAUGUCAUAGGGUUCUUGAAGAAAACAAACAGCCAAACUUAUAAUCCAUCCACAACACUUUUAGAACAUGUUCUUUUUAAGGAACUUGAAGCAAACUCUAUUUCUCUGGAAAAUUGCGACUUGUGUAACAAAUUUAAGCGUCAUCAUUGGAAGUUUUUAGAGCUUUAUAAUGAGAUUUUAACACCAAAUGAACCAAAACUGUGCUCAAUUAUUAUCGUACAUUUAUUAAAAGUUACUCCUACUUCAAGCUUCCAUGUAAAAGAGACUUUACUUUUUAAAGUGUUUUAUACAACUUGUUUGAGAGCAAUAGAGUACUUUGAGCAGGAUCAAGACAAUUCGAUGGUUAAAUUUCUUAUACAUGCUUCAUUAUUCAUUAUUGCAAGUCUGAUUACAAAUGCAUCGCUGUUCGAGAAAUUUAUGGAAAUUGAUGGUUUAAAGGGUCCUCUGAAACUUCUUCUAAAUCCUGAUUUCACUAAAAGUGCUUAUAAUCUGUUAGAAGUUUCUGUUAUAAUGGAAAAUUGUGAAAUGCGUUGCAAAUAUUCACAAAAUUUUGAAAAUAUAAAUUCUGAGGCACCAGCGCUUUCAGUUUUAUUAAAAGCUCUUGAUAGAGAAAGUGUUAGUCUUAUAGCAACUUUGGAAACUGAUGUUAAAGAACGAAUUGUGCAAGAAGGAACAGAACCCAAUAUAAUUUGCUGUGAUGAUUUAGAGGAUAUUGUGAAUAACAUGUUUUUCUCAAAUUUAUCAAAAACAAAUGAAGUACUACAUUUUGGGAGUAUUUUCGCAGAAAAUGUUUUAGAAAAAAAAGUAAAUGUAUUAAAAACAAACGAAACGUGUAGAAAAAUAAAAUUCGAUCAAGCAAACAUUGCCUGGCGAACUGCUGCUAAUGUUACUUUAUGUAGCUCAAGAUUUCAGACAGAACUAUUAAAACAUCCAGUUGCUAAAACAAUGGAAGAGUUACUUAAAUUAUUAUCAGUUCUCGUUGCAACAAACAAAAUUAAAGAUAACAAAAAUUCGGUGCAGAGGUUGUUGGAAGCGCUAAUAACUUGUAAUUCAACAUCUGCAUUGUGUAGUAGUGCCAAGAUGCUUGAACUUAAGAAGGCUCUUAUGGAUCCUACGAUUAAAUUGGGAGGAGGGAUUAUAUUAUUGGUCGAGUCUCUUCUUCGAGUAUCUGUACUAAAGCGCAAUCAGGAUAAAGAAAUUUCACAACUGAAGCGACCUAUUUUGCCAACUUUUAUUUCCGACGUGACAACAGAUUGUGGGACCGAUGAUAGUAGUAAUGAUGAACACAUAACAGGGGACGAUGGUUACGAAGCUGACGUCGAAAUAUUUGUAAAUAAUUCACAUGACAAUUCGCAAAAAGGAUCUGAUGCGUCUAAUCCUGUGACUUCUUUAAGAGAACAUAUAGAAACCCAUCCUGCAUUGUGUUCUCUAGCUCUUGAUCUUCUCAUCCACUUUAGUAAGCAGGGCACAGACGCUGAGAGAGAACAUAUAGUGACUAUUGGAUUAAGAAGAAUUGCUUCUACCUGUAGAGAAAGUGUCUCAAUCUGUGCCGCUCUCUCAAGCAAUGGAGCGAUUCCAAGAUUACUUGACGGGUUUAAUCACAUCCUUGAAAGUACAGAACCUCAACGUAAAGAUCUUCAGCAUGCUAUUCUGGAAGUUUUUACUCUCCUUGCUAUCCAAUCAAUUUCCUCAUCAGAAUUAAUUAGUUAUUUGUCUUUUUUUAAAAUUCCUGAUCCAUCUCUUCUAUCUCUUUUAGAACCUCUUUCUCGUCUUGUUUUGUUAACAAAACCUCAACCAAAUUACAUUCUUUCAUUUCCAAUUCCAAUGCAAUUUGAAUUAUCUAUUAAAAAUAACAAUGGAGACAGCAUAAAAACCGAGAGAGAUGUAGGCUCUGUUAGUGACGUUCGAAGAAGACAUAAUUUAUCAGAGAUUUGCAGUUCGUCAUCUUCUCCUGCAAUUUGUUUACCAGUGUUCCCAGAACUAUCUUGGACUGUUUGGUUACAUGGAGGAUCAGCAUCAAUGUGGUUAAGAGUAGAAAGAGGUCAUUCAUCUAAUUACAGAAGUUACAGUCCAAGCUCUAAUCCUGUGCCUAGUCCUAAUAGUGAAAACUUAAACAACUGUGGAAUCGCAAUGGAUAAUUGGAGUCAGGAAGUCUUGAAUAAUAAAUCAUAUUUUCCAACGUCAAAAUCAAUUGUUCAUUUAAUGUCUGUUUGUUUAAAAUCUGUCGCUUUAGAAUUAUGGACAGACCUUAAAGCUGACAAACUUAUUCUACGCCUUUCAAGACCAGAUGGUAAAACGAAUCGUUCUAUUUCAGAGACAUCACUUAAUGGUCUCCUACCAUCUGGAAAAUGGCAUCACUUAGCUUUUAAUUUUAAAUACACUGUGCUAAGUAAACAUGAUGCAAUGGUAGAGGUUGUUUUAUGGAUAGACGGAUGGAAAGAAGUUGUCGCUCAAUUACCCUUUGAUGGUUUACUUAUAAGAAAACCAGAAACAACUUGUAUAUUCCUUGGACAAGUUGGACACAAUGAAUAUGGCGCUUGGUAUCUUGGAAAUUUAUUUAUUUUUAGAAGUCCGAUUUUCACUCGAAAGAAAGCCCUUUACUUUGCGAGUCUGGGACCGAAUUAUACGAAUUUAGCUGAGUGCACUUUAAGCAAUGAGAAACCAAACUUUUUACCUCUUAUAACAUCCGUGGCACUAAGUGGUGUUCAAGAAUUAAAAUUUGAAAAUAGAAAAUUUGAUACAAGCCGUAGGAAAUCAUACGGAGGAACAUUUUUACGGCAUGCAUCAGAAACGAAGAGUUUUGAUGAGACUAUUGAUUGGGAUUUCGUAACACACGCUACAAAUACUCAGCUUAGAGAUUUACAGAAUAAUUUGCUCCUUAGUUACGAAGCUCAAAGUCCAUUAGUUGUUCAUUUGUAUCCUCAGGCUCUUAGCAGUCCGGAAGCAAUAGUACGGAAUAUUUUACCAGGACAAUCUGCUUUCCGAGUUACUAUGGCACCAGAAUAUCGAGUUUCUCAACAACCACCUCUUUCAGUAUCUUCGACUGUUUUUACUCAGCUGGAAAGCAAACAGUGCAAAGGUCUAAUUCCUGCCGUUCAACAAAUUGGUGGAAUUUCUAUUUUUUUAUUCUUAUUCGCUCGGGUAAUAGAACUCAACUCCAGUGAAGCAGAACAAGCUUUAGCACUUUCGAUUGUUUUAAAUCUCGCGCAUAGCGAUUCGGUUCUACUAAAUCAGUACCGAUCAGAUGGAAUACCUUCUCUUCUUCUUCAAGUUUUGGAAUCAAAACGUUGUUAUGUUGGAAGACAUAUGUUAAAAGCAAUUUUGGACUCAGCCUGUGACAGUUCUUUAUUUAUCAAAGAUAUCAGAAAUGAAAUACAUCUGAUUUGUCAUGAUUGCAAUACUUUAAUUACAGAUCCAGAACUGAUUAAAUAUGCUUUAGAAGCUUGGAGAAUUUGGUUAAAGUAUGAUACUCUUAAUUUACUUUUACAAUCUUUACUGCACUUAUUAAGAGAUCAGCAUUCACAAAGAGAAUUCAAUGCUUUUCAACUUAAUAGAAUUCAGUUUGUCAACACAAUUUUAAAUUUAUGCAAAGAAUACUUUUUGUACGAAAACCUUGAGUUAUUGGAUCCUACUGCUGGAAAUACCAUUGUAGAAUUAAUUCGCUCUUUAAUGGGUUCUCCUCCAAAAUUUUCGCAUCUUGUGGCUAUCACAGAUUAUUUGCUUCUUGUUCAUAUGGCAUCAAAUACUUACGUUACACACUCAAAAUACAAUAUGUAUUUUAUAUUACCUGCUUUCGAAAAAAUUACACCACACAUGACAAAGUCUGUUACUUCAUCAAAUGAAUUAAUAAAAAGCAGUAAAUUUAAUAAAGCAGACACAAAUAACCAAAUAAAAAAAGGAAAAACAAGAAAAAAAGAAAAGCAAAGGGAACCACCACACGAAAUAAAUACAGGAGAAGAUUCAGGCAUUGCAGCCAGUGAUUGUUCAAAUCAAAAUGAAGGUCAUAAAGUUUAUACAGAUAAACGAAAAUCAUGUAUGGGAUUAGUCUGCGAAGGUUUACUCCUAUUGCUCAGAGACGCUUUGAGAGUUUUGCCUGAUAGUCAGGUUGAUUCAGUCCUCAAACACGUACUGCGUGCUGAACUAAUACUUGUUUUGUCAAAUAAUGAGAACGCCCGAAUUCGAACUGCAUUAAUUAAAGUGAUACAGACUUAUAUAGAGAGAGCUAGCGAUGAGGAUAUUAAUAAAUUAAUUAAACAAAAGUACUUUAUGCACCUUGCUAAUCAAAUUUCUCUUUACCCUGGAAGCGAGCCGCUAAUAGUUGCUCUUGCAAAUCUGGCUUUGAAGGGGCCCAGUUUUUGUGCUACGCCACCUUUAUUAUCUAUGAUGUCAAAAACAGCAGCAAAAGACCCAAAUCUUGCACAACCCAUAAUUAGCUUCCUAACAGAUAUUAUUGUUAAGAAUCCUCAUUCCUUAAAAAUAAUGUUGGAACAAGGUUUGAAGGAAGCCCUAGUACGAUCCCUAAUACACUCUGCUCAUAAAGAAAAUUCAUCAAUCCUUUCUCGAGAUAUUAAUGUAUUAUUUGUCACAAUUGCAAAGCAAUUUUUAGAAUCUCCAGGAUAUCAUAAUAUGCAAGCACUUACAGAUUUACAUUUAGUGCUGAGUUAUGUAGAGUUACAAGAAAAAAUGAACUGUGGAAAAGAAAAAUUAUGUGUUUCAGUUAUUAGAAAUGCCCAGGUUGCUCUUUUUGAUGGAGAACUGGAUUCUUUAACUUUAAAAGUUUUAAAUGAGUCAGGUUUUAGAUUGAAAAACACUGCUUCAUAUUUAGCGUCAGCUUCAUAUUUAACAUCAGUUUUAACAACAUCUGGUGAGCAACUUGACAAGGGUUUGCAAUCUUCAAGCAAUGAAAGUUUGCUUGAAACAUUUACUUCAAUUUCACGGGAACUGGCUAAAGGAGAAUUGAAUGACAGAUUUCGUAUGGUGUUAAAUAAGGCUGUCGACUUUAUUACAUCGGGUGAUGGUGUGCAAUCUGAAGAAGAAUUGCAAUUAUCAAAAAGAUUAUUCUCAACUCUUCUCCACGGUUUAUCUGAUCCAUUAGGAAAAAAGAGUCCAUGGGGUGGAACAUGGUCAUCAAGGCCUACUUUGCGAAAAAUUUCAGCAGAAAUAUUGGUUUGGUUAUUAGCACCUCAUCAAAACAUUUGUACUAGAAUCUAUGCCGUCAGGAUUCUUAUGGAUGAACCAAAAGUAAAGGACAUUUUAACUUCUCUCUUGAAUAUUCAUCCUCAAGUUGAACAAAAAUUUAUUAUAUUUUUGUGGGAUUUAUGUCGAAGAGAGAUGUCAAGUGCAGAUGCUUUAAUUUGCAGUGAGCUGCGAAAUGCUCUCAACGUUUGGGGUUUGUUAAAAUGUUUAGAUAUGGAAGGUUCGACUUUUUGGUCGGAAGAAUUAAAUCUUUUAAGGCAAGAAUUAGUUAAAGACCGUAACAUUUGGAUUGAAAAUAAUUUUCCAAAAAUGAAAAAAAUUAGCGAACAGUUUGACGUCAUUGCAAAACAGCUUAUAGAAAGUGCAAUGUCUAUAACUGUCUCAAUUGUGGAAGAACAAAAUCGAGAAAGAAAAAUAUUAAUUGAAAAUUUAAAGACCUCGAAAGCUAUAAAGGCUCAAACAAUGUCUAGAUGGAGGAAACUAAUAAAACGUUUAACUCACGAACGAGCACCUUGGUAUUUUAAAGAAAAUUACCCCAUGCAUUGGGAACUUGAUCCUACAGAAGGCCCUUCUAGAAUACGAACAAGACUCCAAAGAUGUCAUUUAGAUAUAGAUAAAAAAUUUUUCAUGUUUGAUUGUCAAAAAAAUUUAAGUACAGACAAAUUAGAAGGUCCAUUAUCUUAUUUAUUUAUUUCCGAUCAACAAGAUACAACUAUAGCUACUUUGAUUGAAAGACUCCACACUAAUGAGAGAAUUAACAAAAUGUCUCCAGUGAGUAUUGUUAUGCCUCAUGCGGAAUUAGCGGGAGAAAUUCUGAUUGGUGAAACUCGUUUAUAUUUUAUUCCUGACACUUCUGAUGCAACAAUACAAAUAGACAUAACAGUAGGAGGAACGGAUCUCACAACAGGAGGGGCUACAGCUUGGCGAUUAGAUAACAUACUGGAAUUUCAUCGAAGAAGAUAUCAGUUACAAGAAAGAGCAAUCGAGAUAUUUCUUGUAACAGGCAGAACUUAUCUUUUAGCUUUCAAUUCUUCAAAAGAAAGGGAAGAAUUUGUCACAGAAUUAUCCGCAUGUAAUCUUUCUAGGCGUAUACCUGGAGAUAACUUGGAAGAGAAUUUAGCUCAUUGGCGUAAUGGAAACCUAACGAACUGGGAUUACAUAACAUGUUUGAAUAAAUUAUCUGGUAGAUCUUAUAACGAUUUGAUGCAAUAUCCGGUUUUUCCUUUUGUAUUAUCAGAUUACACAAGUGAGAAUAUUGAUCUGAAUAAACCGAAAAUUUACAGGAACUUUAGGAAACCAAUGGCUGUGCAGGAUUCAAAAAAUGAGCAACAUUAUAUCAAUAAUUAUAACUAUUUGAAGCAAGCUGCAAACGAAGGCUUAAAUCUUACUGCAUUAAAUCAAGAACCUUUUCACUAUGGUUCUCAUUAUAGCAACUCAGGCACAGUUUUACAUUUUCUAGUGCGACUACCGCCUUAUACCAGUAUGUUUCUUUCUUACCAAGAUGACAAUUUUGACAUUCCUGAUCGUACAUUUCACGCCCUUGCCACAACAUGGAGGUUGACUAGUUGUGAUUCAACAACAGAUGUUAAAGAAUUGAUUCCAGAAUUUUUUUAUCUUCCCGAGUUUCUACUUAAUACGGAAGGGUUCAAUUUUGGAGUACGACAAAAUGGAAUUAGAGUCACAGACGUGGAAUUGCCACCAUGGGCUAAAAACGACGCUAGACUCUUUAUUCUUGUUCACAGAGCAGCUUUAGAGUCAGACAUUGUAAGAAAAGAUUUGCCGUCUUGGAUCGACUUAGUGUUUGGUUUUAAACAAACUGGAAAACCUGCGGUAGAUGCAAUUAAUGUUUUUCAUCCUGCAACUUAUUAUGGGUUUAAUGCUGAAGACAUUACUGAUCCUUUAGAACGUCAAGCUUGGGAAACUAUGGUUAGAACUUAUGGUCAAACACCUGCUCAAUUAUUUAAAACUGCUCACCCUCAACAAUCCUCAAAUAUUUCGACUUCUUUGCCACCAAAUAGUAUUCCUCCCGUUGUAGAUGGUAUCAGUGGAAUAAAGUGGGGUAAUUACGUCGGUGCACCCGGAAAUGAUCCUGUACUCUGCUGGAAACACAAACAUAGGUUCCCAUUGGCUUCAUUAGUUCCAUUGUUAACAGGUGACGUUUUUGGAUUACCGCAUCACACUACUCUCUUAUUGGGAUACAGCAAAGAAAAAGGACGUUACAGUGCGAACUGUGAGGGAAAUCAUCCAGCCAGCUACACAGGCUGUAAAAUGUAUAAGAAGAGGUUAGAAAGAAUCUUCCAAGUAAGACUUAAUAAAAACAACAACAAUACACUCAAGAAACCAGAACGACAAGUAAAAACAGUACCUGCACUAGAUGCUCGAAACUAUCCAAGUCUACCUGGGACAUCGGCGGCCACCAAUGGAAAUACAAAAAGACAAUGGAACAACAAUGGAAAAAAGGAAGCUGUUACUUCAAAAUCAUCAACGCAUUCUCCUAUUGAAGAAGAACUUCAACUAUUUCGAGAGUUUGCUGAAGUAACUAGUAAGUUACAAGCUACAUUUAAUAUAAGAGGCGUAAAUACUUCAGCAAAUAUUUUGGCAUUAGGAGCAGGUCUGGUUUCCUGGAAAGGCAAUGAUAGUAUUGCAAGAUUGAAGUUUAAAAAAGACCAAGCGCCGAAACCCUUAAUUAAAUAUUCUGGUCUUGACCCGAUCACGGUCAUGAAAUCUAUACCCGAUUCCGUACAACUCUGGAUUGGUUAUUUUUCAGGAAGAAUUGAAAUUUACUCUUUUGUCUUUACUUCUAACGGAAAUAUAAAAUUUGAAGAUGCCGCACCUGUGACUUUAUUGGCACACAAAAAUUCUGUUACAGUAAUUGCCCUUAAUAGAACAUUUAAUAUUGGAAUAUCAGGCGACGCUGACGGCAUUGUCGUUACUUGGGAUUUAAAUAGCUUUACAUACAUUCGAUCUAUAGUAUGCAGUGCAGGGCGUCCUAUUUCCUUGAUUUCUAUAAGUGAAACACUUGGAGAUUUUGCUGUUUCUUUCAAUGUAUCCAGAAACACCGAUAAUGAUUCUUCAAUUCAAUCAGUGUUGAAAGUAUAUACAAUUAACGCUCGAAAUAUAGGAACUAUAAAAUCUCAAAUAAAAAUAAGCGCAUUGUCUUAUAGUAAUGCACCCGAAGGUAUUUCUGUCAAUGUUAUUGCUACAGGAUUGGAGAAUGGAAUUAUUAGGUUUUGGAGCAGUUGGGACUUAAAACUUGUCCGAGAAAUAAUUAAUGACUCAAAAUAUUGUGGAGCAAUAGUGGCAAUCGUAUGGGCUUUAGAACAACAACAUUUGUAUGCAGUCACAGACAAUUCGACUAUAUUAAUUUGGGAGGGAACUAGAAAGUUAAAUGGUGGAACAUCCAAAUUUGUAAACUUUAAGUCAUUAUAAUUCAAGUGAAACAUUUUGUAAAUAAUAAAUACACAUUUAUAUCUGGUAUAUUUAAGAACAUGAACAUUCAAUACAAUAAGGUGGUGAUGAUGAUGAUGAUGACCGAUAAUCUUGCUAUGGGGAUUGCGGGAGAAGGUCUCAUCACAAAACUUGUUUUAUUUUAUUAUCCUAUAUUUUAUUAUCAUGUAAUAUAUAACAUAAUAGAAGAAACUAAUUAUCAUAUAAUGCAAUGAAACAGAAUAAACCUAUAUUCUUUUAACUUUAAAA